AUGUGUGAGUCUAAUGCAUAUUAUUUAUAGUCGUAUAAUUGCUGGAGAGAUGUCAAGUUCACGUUACCUUUCCUUGGAAAUUGGUGUCACUCAUCUGGAUUGACUCUUUUAAGGAAGAUAUGGUUUCUCUCCUCACUUUUGGGAGCCUGCUUUUGACUUUGUUUGGAUGUCACAUCUGCUUUGCAGUUGCAAACCGACCGGCUGCUCCUGUCAAUGUCUCUAUUACUCACCUGCGGGACGAUUCCGCCACUGUGUCCUGGAAUAUUCCGGAGGGAGAGACUGUAAUUGGCUUUGCCAUCUCACAGCAGCGUCAGGAUGGACUGAUGCAGCGUUUCAUUCGUGAGGUGAACACAACUAGUCGAGCUUGUGUACUUUGGGAUCUCGAUGAAGACAUUGAUUAUAUCAUCCAAGUCCAGUCGGUUGGACUUUAUGGAGAGAGUCUAGCCAGCAAAAAGAUUCACUUCAGAACGCUUAAGAAAUCUGAACAUUUUCAGUCCAGCAUGAUGGAUCAAGAAGACCCUGCGGUUGAGGGUUUAGACAUAUCCAGACAUCUACAGACCGAAGAGAUACUGAUCAUUAUGACUGUGCUACUAAUGUGGGCAGCUGUGAUUGCGCUCUUCUGUAAGCAGUACGAUAUCAUCAAAGAUAACGACUCCAACAACCACAGUAAAGAGAAAACCAAACCUCUGUCCGAGCAGAGUACACCAGAGUACCAUAAUGGAGGCCUGUUGGGCAGCAAGCAUGUUUAACAGCAUUAAACGGCAUGGUGUCGAUUUCAGUGAAGUGCUUCUAUGGGCGUAGAGCCAACAAAAGUACCUCUGUUCCAGUAGACAUCAUCUUCUGUUAGCAUCAUCAAGGUAUCAUCAACAGAUCUGUCAACGGAUAUCAACUCUUUAUUUGAUAUUCUUGACAAGCGUCAAAGGCAAUAGUAACUUGGACUUCCUCUCGAAUUGGGAAUCAUGAAUCAGUAUACGAGUAUUCUGUGGAAUAUUCCAAUAAAGCACACUGAACAUGCUGUACCUCUUCUUCAAUGACAAGGAACUAUACGGCCGGUCACAAGAGGAGAUUUCGGUGCUAUGGAUGUUGUGAAGUUCACAGUAGAGAUCUGUGUGAAUGGUUUUGUUUUGUGAAGGUGUUACCAUGAAAAAGGAUUAUGAAUCAAAACAAUCAUUCAUUAUUGUAAACUAUGACAACAGAUCCAUCAGUGGCCACAGGAGCGGCUUUAUAUUAUGCAUUAUGCAUUUCUCACUGCA